CAGAAGAGGCGGAAGAGAAAUCUCUCUCUGUCCAUCCCUCUGUUCCGUUCCCGGCUUCAUUCUUGUGAGUCCAUCACCGUCCCGCCUGUAUGCUGCCACUGGAUCUUAGUCUGCUGGAUUACCGCGCCGUUUCUCCGCUCAUUAUUCCUGACGCUUUUCCACGGCAGGCAAAGUUGGGCAUCCAGAAACUACAUGGUGACUGCCUGUAUAUUUUUAUGCUGUUUGAGCUUCAAAAUGAUUUCACUCUUCACUGGAAGAAGUGUAAUUUUUAUAUGACAGUGAAAAGAGCUCUGUCUCUUUUUGGGGAUUGUACACAUAUAGGAUAGGCUAGUGAUUUUGCAAUAUUUUGAACUUCGUUGUCUGGUAAUUUGGUCGUGAGGGACAAGAUGGGUGGGGUUAAAAAUGUAAGAAAUGGAGAUGUCUUUACAUGGUUUUUAAUCAAACAGACAUUCUAACCUCAAUCACCCUUCUUUAUUUUGACUGAUGAUGUGACCUUACUGGUCUUUGUUUUGGGUGUUUUUUUUAGUGUUGGUGUAUUUAUUUAACAUCACACUGGAGGGUCAACAUUGGAUGUUUGACUGCACUUGAACUUUCACCUUCUCCAGCUCCUUCCUUUUUCAGGGGGCUCUGAACCUAACCCCCAUAUCUGUAACACCGCAUAGAACCCCUCUCCCCCCUCUGGGGCUCUCCCUGGACCUUCCCAUCUCUCUCUGCUACUUGAGGACAGAGACAGCCCCACCAGGAGAGGGGUUGUUAGGUAGGAAGACACCCCCCUCCCAAAGGUGAGAGGGGGGGGAAGAUGGCAGCUCUCGCCAGCUCUCUCAUCAGACAGAAACGGGCGGUCAAGGACGACGGACAAAACCGACCUGUAGCCAACAAAAGGAAGCCCUGUCCUAAGAGCAACAAGUCUCUGUGCCAGAAACAGAUCUUAGUCCUUAUCUCUAAAGUACGGCUAUGUGGGGGUCGAAAAGGUCGAAACGAAAAGAGACCGGAGCCCCAGUUGAAAGGCAUCGUUACCAGGCUGUACAGUCAGCACGGAUACUACCUGCAGAUGCAGCCGGAUGGCACCAUGGAUGGCACAAGGGACGAAGGCAGCUUCUCACAGUUCAACUUGAUUCCUGUGGGUCUGAGGAUCGUGGCGAUCCAGGGGGCGAAGACAGGGCUCUACCUGGGCAUGAACAGCGAUGGGUACCUCUACACCUCUGAACACUUCACUCCAGAGUGUAAGUUCAAGGAGAGUGUGUUUGAGAACUACUACGUGACGUACUCCUCCAUGCUCUACCGCCAGAACCAGUCGGGCCGCUCCUGGUAUAUCGGUAUCAACCGCGACGGACAGGUUAUGAAGGGCAACCGGGUGAAGAAGACCAAGGGAGCCGCACACUUCCUGCCUAAAGUUAUUGAAGUUGCCAUGUACAAGGAGCCAUCGCUACACGAACUAGUCAAUGAACAGAAGGAAAAAGAGAAGGAAAGAGAUAAAGACAGCCCUGCUCGGAAGACAGUGAAGACGUCAGAAGAACGUCAUGAAAUAACAUUCUCCAUCAAGAACUGCAGGAAAGAGAAAAAAGCUCCCAAGGCUGACGCCUCGUAGCACAGGGGACCUAGGGGAGGGGAGGGGGAGCAGUGAC